AGUGCCGCCUUAUUAAUAACAUGUCACAUUUAUGCUACAACUAAUAGGUGUUCAGUCCUUUCUAGGGUGGUCUUCCAGUGACAACCUGCCUGGCUUAAAGUUUUGUCUGUGCCUACAGUGGUAGUCUAAACGACUGGUUUCAUACGCGGCUGCUGUUUAUAGCUCACAGAAAUGGCGACUUGUACUUCUUUUCAGAUUCAGGUGGCCUCCAUCAUGGACGUUUUAACUAAAACGGCGGUAGCAGAAAUUAUUAAACUUGUCGACGAGGCGUCUGCUGCCUUGCGAUUGGAGAUGUGCAGAAGCCAAAGAGAGAACGAAGCGCUAAAAACUAAGUUACUGCUGAUGGAGGGAGAGCUCAGGACUGUGCGAGGAUAUGGAGAGGGAACGCCGGACAAUUCCGUCCCUUUUGAAGUUCAGGUUUGCGAAGAAUUGAAAGAAGCACGAAUACCUAGGGAUGCUGGGAAAGGAAGUGUUGUCGAACUGGAGUCUUUGUGCGAGCGAUUUAGCACAGAUGGGGAGCUGGAUUGGUCUGAGUCUCUGCUGCUCUGUGAGGAUAGGCUGGAAGAGGAUCCAAAGAGCAGCCAAUCACAGACGGAACAGAAGAUCAGCGAGGAGAGUACCUGUGGCACUUCAGGGGCAGCUGCUGCUAAAGGUGGUGAAGGACCCCUCUGUAAGGAGGAGGAGCUGCACAUGCAGCCCUGCCCUGCAGGAGACACAGAAAAGGAGCUGCAGGCAGAACUCAAACAGGAGCCAGAGGAGCAGCCUCUCACCCCCACAUUCCCCCUGCCUGUGGACUUGGGGCUGGAGCUCCAGUCUGUGUGGAGAGAGGCCAAAGGCUCAGGAAUGAGUUUGGAAAAACACAGACAUCGUGGUGGAAAGUGGGAGCAUUACAGAGGUUCUUGGAGGCUGCGCUUGGAGGAGGACGAGGGCCCAGUGUCGCACCUUGAGCAGAAACAAAAUGGCCGCCCCCUGGUGGAGGAGCCCAUCAUUUGCGAACUUUGCGGGAAAUUAUUUGAUUGUGCACACUCCCUUGAGCUGCACUACUUGGUCGACCACAGAGAGAAACUGUUCAGCUGUGCUGUGUGCAGAAAGGGCUUUGCCAAGAAAUGCCAUCUCCGAUCUCAUCAGAGUGUCCACACAGGAGAGAAACCGCACAGCUGCAACAAGUGUGGGAAGAGCUUUGCCCAUCAAUCUAAUCUCAAAUCUCACCAGAGUGUCCACACUGGGGAGAAACCACACCGCUGCAACGAGUGCGGGAAGAGCUUUGCCCAUUUAUGGAACCUUAAAACUCACCGAAGGAUCCACACCGGAGAGAAACCAUUCAGUUGCACACUGUGCAGCAGGAGUUUCUCCCAGAAUCAUGUUCUUCAGAAACACAUGCUGACUCACUCGUAGGAAAGAACAAAAUUCUGGAAAACUUUAGCUAUAUCUUUGACUUUACUGCUCCUUCUGGGCAACAAAGUUGCACUACCAGGGGCCCUGAAGCUCAUAAACGUCAGUGGUUACCAGAGGUAUUUCAGUCAGUUAACCCUUCCUGCCCCAAGCCCAAUAUGAAUAUAAAUCUAAGGAAGUUAUACACUACCCUUGUCAGACCACACUUAAAGAGUACUGUGUUCUGGGGACCGCACUACAAGAAAGAUAUAGAGGGGCAAACCGAUUGAUUCCAUGUGUAAAAGAUAAAAGUUAUGAGGAAAGACUUGAGAUGCUUAAUCUCUUUAAGUUUAGUAAAAGGAGAUUAUGGGGGGAUUUGCUUAACUAAGCCAGGGGUCGGCAACCCUGGUCCUGGAGAACCACAGGUGUGCUGGCUUUCGUUGUUACUUAGUACUUAAUUGAUCAAUGAAAUUGAUCAGUUAAUUACACAGUUAACUCUUAUCACAUUGUUUCUUGGGUCUGAAUCGGUUGCUUGUUUUAAGGUGUAAACAAAAACCAGCACACCCUGCGGCUCUUUACUAAGCAGUAGAUACACUUUAGUGAUCUUUAGCAUUGCUGGGCUGAAUGGCCUGUUCUCACUGUUAUGCCCUUAUGUGGCUCCACCCAAAUCCCAAGGGGGUCUUUGCUUUGAUUGAGAAAAUUGGGAAAGUUCAGAACUUGAAAGGGUUUUAAUAGGGGCUCAGAACAAUGGCAUAGUGGUCAUUGACAAGAUAAAAGGUCGAGAGUGCCAUAUGACACUUUGAGAGUGAAAGGCUUAAGCUUCUGCUGCCAAAAAGCUAAUUUGAAAGUUAAGUUGAAAUCCAUUAAGAACUAUGAAUUUACACUGGUGACAUUAUUCUAUUCUGGACACUAUUUUGAAGAUUCCCCCCCCCCGCCCCCCCCAUUCAUAUUAAUCCCUUCAUGUUUAGAUACCCAGUAUACAUGCCCCAAAAUCCCCAUUGGCAAACAUGGUGGCCUCCAUGAGCUGGCUCCUUGUGCCAGUGGCCAGCUCCCAUAGCAUCCCGGUAAGCGGAUGAUGUUCCCAGCGGUUGAUUUUGAUAAGCGUAAGGUUUGAUUCACGUCUCAGCCUCACAAUGGCUUCCUUGACUCCAAAGGCAAUGAAAAAACCGAAUGAAAAACGAAAGGCGAGAUCAUAAGAAAGCUUUCUUAUACCUGCACCAAGAAAGCAAUAAAUACACGUUUUGCCAUCAGAAACGGCUGCGUAAUCAACUGUCCAAUUACUUUUCGUCCCCUAAAAUGGGGGGGAUGUGUAUAAAAAUUGAUGGAAUAUGGAUAUAAAUACCCUCAGACUAAAGGUGGCCUCCAUCAUGGAGGUUCUAGCGAAAACGGCAGUGGCAGAAAUGACUAAACUUGUCGAUGAUGAGUCUGCUGCCUUGCGAUUGGAGAUGUGCAGAAGCCGAAGAGAGAACGAAGCUCUAAAAGCGAAGUUACUGCUGAUGGAGGGAGAGCUCAGGGCUGUGCGAGGAUACGGAGAGGGAACGCCGGGCAAUUCUCUCAACAUCUCUUUUGAAGUUCAGGUUUGCGACGAAUUCAGAGAAGCACAAAGACCGAAGGUGACAGAACGCGUCGGUGACGAGCGAUGGUGCACAGCUCCUGCCAAAGAUGACCAGAACAUGGAGAAGGAAAGAGAUCCUCUGGAUGCCUUGGAUAUAAAGUACGAGCCUGUAGAUGGGGAGCAGGAUUGGUCUGAAUCUCUGCUGCUCGGUGAGGAUAGGCUGGAAGAGGAUCCAAAGAGCAGCCAAUCACAGACGGAACAGAAGAUCAGCCAGGAGAAUACCUGUGGCACUUUGGGGGCAGCUGCUGGUAGUGGUGGUGAAGGACCCCUCUGUGAGAAAAAUAAACUCAAACAGGAGCCGGAGGGGCAGCCCCUCACUCUGGGACCCCCCCCUCUGGGGUCCACAGUGGGGCUGGAUCUCCAGUCUGGGUGGAGCGAGGCCGCCAGCUCAGGAACGAUUCAGGAAAACAACGUACGGCUCGGAGGAAGUGCGGAGCUGGUAGGUGCGCAGUUGGACAGCGAUUUAUCUUCUCCGCGAUGCAGAGCUUCACGGAGGCUGCGCUCUGCCCAUGGGCCACCUGAGGACAUUUUGGCAGAGAUGCCGUUCCCUCUGGGUUCUCCAGGAGAGUGUGAUGGAAGCGCCCCGUGUGAGGCGAGUUCUGACACGUCAGCAGAAGCAAAGAGUCCCUGCAGAACUGAGGGAGAGGAGGAGGAGUUCAUCUGCACACGCAGUGAGAAGACGUUCCCGGACGCUCUCGAACUGAAGACGCACGAGGAGCAGCACAGCGCGGGGAAACGUUUCAGCUGUUCAGAGUGCGGCAAGGGUUUCACUUCCUUCAGCGUCCUGGAAGAACACCAGAGGAUUCACAGCAGGAAGAAACCGUUCUCCUGCUCAGGGUGUGACAAGACCUUCUCCCAGUGGCAUGUGCUUCAAGCGCACGAAGACGUGCACAAGAAGCAGAAACUGUACGUUUGCACGGAUUGCGGAAAACGCUUCCUGUACAAAGGCUACCUUAAAACCCACCAGCGCGUUCACACCCGAGAGAAACCCUUCACUUGCGAUCAGUGUGGAAAGUGCUUCUCCCAGAUCAGCAAUCUUAAAACUCACCAGGUGACUCACACGGGAGAGAAAUGCUUCAGCUGCACAGUGUGCAAUAAGAGCUUUUCCCAUCUCCAUGUUCUUAAGCAUCAUCAAAGAAUCCAUACAGGGGAAAAGAGAUUAAAUUGCAAACUUUGCGGCAAAUUAUUUGACAGUGCAGACUCCAUGAAAGUGCACCGGUCCACCCAUUACAGAGAGAAGAGGUUCCGCUGCAUCGCGUGCGGAAAGGACUUCACCGCGAAGAGUAGUCUCCAAACCCACCAGAGUGUCCACACCGGAGAGAAACCGUACCUCUGUAACGUGUGUGGGAAGAGCUUCGCCCAUCAAUGCAAUCUUAAAACUCACCAAAGGAUCCACACCGGAGAGAAACCAUUCAGUUGCACACUGUGCGGCAGGAGUUUCUCCCAGAAUCACGUUCUUCAGAAACACAUGCUGACUCACUCUUAGGAAAGAUAAAUCUGUGACUUUACUGCUCCUUCUGGGCAACAAAGUUCCCCUUAGAGUGGCGAGGAGCGGAACCGUACGAUCACAUUUUACACAUUACAGGCAUUACAUUACAUUACAUUACAUCACUACAUCGCAUUACAUUACAUGACAUUACAUUACCACUACCAGCAGCUGCCCCCAAAGGGCAGCCUGUAGCGUAGUGGUUAAGGUAAAUGACUGGGACAUUUACCUGCUUAGUCUCAUCAACUGUAUGUCGCUCUGGAUAAGAGCAUCUGCCAAAUGCCAAUAAUGUAAUGUAAUGUAAUGUAACGUCACAUCACUACAUUACAUUACAGGCAUUCAAUUACAUUACAUUACAUUACAUUACAUUACACU